AUGGCAUUCCCUGUGGACUUGCUGAAUAAUUGCAGUCAUGAGGAAUUGGAAAAUGCUGCUGAAGAUUACAUGUCAGAUUUAAGGUGUGGGGACCCUGAAAAUCCAGAGUAUUUUUCUUUUCUCAAUAUUACGAUUCCUAUUAGCCUGUCAAAUGUAGGCUUUGUACCUCUCUAUGGUGGAGAUCAGACCCAGAAAGUUCUUGCCCUUUUUGCACCUGAGGAUUCACUCACAGCUGUGGCACUUUACCUUGCUGAUCAGUGGUGGGCUAUUGAUGAUAUUGUGAAAGCAUCUGUCCUUUCUAGAGAGGGGCUUACAGCUUGCAAACAAUACUUUGAAAAGUAUCCAGGAGACCAUGAACUCCUUUGGGAAGUAGAGGGUGUUGGACACUGGUACCAGCGAAUACCAGUCACCAGAGCAUUACAGAGAGAAACACUUAAAAUUACAGCAAUUUCUCAGAAUGAAGCCAAAAGACCUGUGUCUGGAGAAUAUGGUCUUGCAGCUGUUCCAGAGUAUGAAGUGGGAACUGAGGACAAUCAAUCCAGUGAGAUGCAGCUAACUAUUGAUUCUCUAAAGGAGACCUUUGCAAGCACAUUCGAAGGUCAUGAAAAAACACCUGUUUCUACUCAUACUCGAAGCAGUCAUCUAAAGCGGCCAAAGAUUGGAAAGCGGUUUCAGGAUUCUGAAUUUUGUGGUUCUCAAGGAGAAGAGGAGAAAACUGCCCAGACCUCACUGACAGCUUCAGUAAACAAAUUAGAGUCUACUACGCGCAUAUCAGAGAACUCAGAAGAAUUCCUGGAAGAAGAACCUGAGCAGAGAGUGAUUGAAUUUGAGGAUGAAAGUCCUGAUAAAGAUGUCCGGCCUGUACCUGAAACCCAGCCAUGCCUGGAAAAGCAAGAUGAAAAAGACUCUGAAUUAGAGCCUAUGAAUGGUGAGGUAAUGGAUGAUACCCUUAAGACUUCGCUUACAACAGAAGAGGAGGACUCCAUUAGUGAAGGUUUAGAAGAAGAAUUAAAAGUGCAGUAUUUUAAUUCUAGUGAAGACACUAUAAAUCUCGUUCCACUGGUGGUAGAAUCCUCAAAACCUCCUGAGGUUGUUGCACCAGAUAAGCCCCCACAUAUAACUGAUACAGAAAUGUUGAUAGACCAAGGCCCAUCUGAUGACAAAGGGCACACUGAAGAGAAACUGUCUCCAUUUUCAAGAAAGAAAGCACAUUUUGGGAGUUCAGACAAAAUCGACAGUAUCUCAAAUGAAGACCGAUCUGACAAUGGUUUUCCAAACUCGGUGAUAGCUGAAUUUUCUGAAGAACCGGUGUCUGUUAAUUUAUCACCUAACACAACUUCCUCACUUGAGGACCAGGGUGAGGAGGGGGUGCCUGAGCCCUAGGAAACAUCUACUGCUCUUUCUCAGAGUUCUUUGAUAGAGGUUGAACUUGAAGAUGUGCCAUUUUCACAGAAUGCAGGACAGAAGAAUCAGUCAGAGGAACAGUCUGAAGCAUCUUCUGAGCAACUGGAUCAAUUUACACAAUCAACAGAAAAAGCUCUGGAUAGCAGCUCAGAGGAGAUAGAAGUGGAAGUGCCUGUAGUAGACAGGCAGAAUUUAAGAAGAAAGGCCAAAGGACCUGCUAAGAAGAAAGCCAAACUGACCUGA